CGCGUCUCGGUCAUCAACACGAUGUCGUGAAAUCGCCGGGCGGAGAUGAGGCUGCAGCACCGCCAGCGACACGCACAAUGGUCCGCAUCACGACGUGGAAUGUCAAUGGCAUCCGCAACCCGUUUGGCUACGAGCCAUGGCGCAAGAAUCGCACCUUCAGCGCCAUGUUCGACAUUCUCGAGACGGACAUUAUCAUCAUGCAAGAGCUGAAGAUCCAGCGCAGGAAUUUGACAGAUGAUAUGGUGUUAGUUCCCGGCUGGGAUUGCUACUUCAGCUUGCCCAAGCAUAAGAAAGGUUAUUCUGGUGUUGGAAUAUACACUCGGCAAUCCGUAUGUGCACCAAUCCGGGCUGAAGAAGGUCUUCUUGGAGUCCUCUGUCCACCUGGUUCAUCGAUACCCUACCGGGAACAACCCAAAUCAGACAGCAUAGGAGGCUAUCCACCACUCGAACGCAUCGAGGCACUGGGAGUCGAUCCAGCUGCUCUCGAUGCAGAGGGUAGAUGUCUCGUCCUCGAGUUCCCUGCCUUUGUGCUCUUCGGUGUUUACAGCCCCGCCAAUAGCAACGGCCUUCGUGACGACUUCCGCUACGGCUUCUUGGACAUGCUCGAUACGCGGAUACGAAGCCUCACGAAGAUGGGCAAGAACGUCAUCUUGACUGGCGAUCUGAACGUCUCCCGCGAUCUCAUCGACACUGCGAAAGCAGAGGACAACAUGAAAGCGGAAGGCAUGACCCAUAGCGAGUACCUCAGCACGCCAAACCGACGGAUCUUCAACCAGCUCCUGUUGAAUGGCAAAGUCGGGGGCGCACGAGAUGAGGGGAGAGAAGAGCCUGUGCUGUACGAUCUGUGUCGCGAGUUCCAUCCCGAUCGCGAAGGCAUGUAUACGCACUGGGAGCAGAAGAUAAAUGCACGGCCAGGCAACUUUGGCUCGCGUAUCGACUUUGUGCUCUGCAGCAUCAAGAUCAAGGAUUGGUUCAAGGAGUCGAACAUUCAGGAAGGCCUGAUGGGUUCAGAUCAUUGCCCAGUGUACGCGGUCACAAAGCAUACGGUACCGGGAUUAGGCAAUGCUGCACAAGACGGCGAGGAAGACCAAAAGCACCACAUACUCGAUAUCAUGAACCCGCCCGGAAUGUUCAAAGACGGCGUUCGAUUGAGGGAGUAUAGCGCCAGCAAAGAUGUGCCUCCGCUUUCAGGCAAGCUACUUACCGAGUUCAACAAACGACAGAACAUCCGUGACAUGUUCAGCAAGAAUCCUGUAGCUCCAAAGCUUGCAAACGCAUCUGCAGUCCCGUCCACCGAGGCGACAUUGGAAGGGGCCGCGGUUAUCUCGCCAAUGCAAGGGGCAGACAAAGGAUCCGCGCUGGCGGGAGCGACAAACGCCUUGUUCCCCGCUGAUGGUCGGCUUGUGGAUGCCCCAAGCUCUCUCAAAUCGCCUGAGAAGCGACGCGCAUCAGCAUCAGCAUCGCCCAGCAAAUCCAUCAAGCGAUCCAAACCCUCCAGCCCAGCCCUCAAUAAUCCCGUGUCGCUCGCCAAGGGUCAGCAGUCACUCAAAGGAUUCUUUCAGACACGUUCCAAAGGCGCUGGGCCCAACUCUACCGCUGCGACUACGCCGCGAUCGACAUCACAGACACCUGUCAACAAUGGUGACGCGAGUACACAUUCGUUCUCAGUAUCUUCAUCCGCAGAUGCCGAAACCGAAAUCACCCCAACGGCCGCGGCUACAACGGCAGCAUCCCCCAGUCAAAGUACCACAUCUCCAUACGAAGCGUGUGAUCCCGGUGCGGUACAGCAAGCGUCAAAGGAAGGAUGGACAAGACUGUUUUCCAAGCGGCCGCCACCCCGAUGUGAGGGCCACGCCGAACCGUGCAUUAGCCUCACAACUAAGAAGCCUGGCGUUAACCGCGGAAGGCAGUUCUGGAUGUGCCCACGACCCAUAGGCCCUUCCGGACAGAAAGAAUCGGGCACGCAGUGGCGCUGCGGAACGUUUAUUUGGGCCAGCGACUGGAAGACGACCGACUGAGGCGCGGGUACGGGAUGCGAACGAUAUUUACCUUCGACGGGGGUAGGAAUCCUGAUGCAGGGAUCACGCCGCGGAAGAUCCAGAGCCGAUAAGACAAGGUAGGAACGAUGCAGGAAUGUUGGCGAUGGGGCACGAGGUGGGGUGGGAUCCUGUGUGAUUGGAGCCAGGAGGGUCUAGCGACGCGCAGCUGCUUGUCUGACGGGAGCAGGUACGGAGGAGAGCGUUCAUGUCACAGGGGUUCUGAGCCGGUACGAUGCGUAUAGCAAAGAUAAUGAUGGGUCUCACGAGCUGAUGCGAAA